UAAAAAAGAGAGAAGGGUCGCUUAAACGUCCUUCUCUGUCUCUCUCUCUCUCGCUCUUCGCCCUGAAGGUUUCUUUCUCUCUCUUCAUUCUUUGCUUUGAUUCGCCAUAACUAAGAAGAGAAGAGAAGAGAGAGAACCAACCGACGAGCAUAUCCACCUAACCAACUGUUCUUCUUGUUGUUGUUCACAAGAUAUAGCUUCGUGGUUGGUUGGGUUUCCUUUGCAUUUGGAAGGAUUUAAGUUUCUUUCUCUUUUUGGUUUUUGUAUUUUUUUGGUUGAGUUGUUUGGUUUAUUGAGGGGUGUGUUGUUGAAGAUGUUGGUAGCUAAUAGUUUUGAUCUAUGGCGAAAGGACGCUUUCUUCUCUGCCGCGGAGGAAGUGCAGGAAUCAGCUGAUAUAAUGGAAUCUGCGUUCAGGGCAUGGUUGAGAGUGAGGAGAGAAAGUUCAACUUCCAAGGAAUUAAAUGAACUAUGCAGGGAACUGCAAACUGCUUUAGGUACUGCUAAAUGGCAGUUGGAAGAAUUUGAGAAAGCCGUCAGACUAAGCUACCGACAUCUUGGGGAUGACAAUACAGCCACUAGGCAUAGGCAGUUUAUUUCUGCCAUUGAAAGCCAAAUUUCCCAGGUUGAAGCAGCGCUGAAGGAAUCUUAUAUUGAGGAAGGUAAGCAACCCCUCCGGUGGGUAAAUCUGGAUGAAGAAGAGCGAGAUGAUCUGGCUGCAUUUCUAUCUGGAACAUGUCAGAGCAUGCAAAGCAGUAAGGAUGAAUGCACGGUUACUGCUUCGUUGAAAAGCUCACUUCAGGAGAAACAAGUCAACAAAGAGGAUAAAAAUGUUGUUAACAAAAAUACAGAUUAUGUGAUAGAAAUAAAAGCAGAUGCGGUUUCUAGAAAUAGUGAUGAUGUAGUUUCUCAAACAGAUAGAACAAGUAGUACAAGGAAGACAUGGAGUCCACCAAAUUAUGGUGCUUUAAAAAUUGUAAUUGCUGAUGAAGAUGAGCAGAAAAAUAAACUUACACGGACUGUUGAUGCCACCCCUAAAGAGAAAGGAUUCAAACCUGUAUUCUGGAAACAAAGAUGUGAAGAAUAUCCUCAGGCUAGGCAAGCAGUUCAUAUGUUCAAUCAGCUUUCUGGCCGCAUUGGUUUAUGCCAGAGACAGUUUCAAAGUCCCCUGCACUUGCGAUAUGGUUGUUCUGUUCAAGUUAAACUUGUUCUAAUGUUGACCAUUUUUCUCAUUGUUCCCUUUGUACUUUAUUCAACUUGAGUUAAACGGCAGCGUCACUGGAUCAGCUCAAGAGGGCUCUUACUGGUCCUCAUGAAUGCUAAGGAGGUCACUGGCCGUUUGAGAUCUCUGCCUGUAUUGGAGGGACAAGUCCGCUAAAGGGACAGCCAAGACAAUCGGUGUCACCUUUCUAUUUUGUCUUUGUUGAGAUUAAGAUGAAUUUACCUCUGCGUGGUUGCUGAUAGGAUAGCCAACCUGCAUCCUACAGGCAUAGGUGUCUGUCUAUUUUAGUUUCCUCUGCUCCUCAAAUGUAUAUACAUUCAUCUAUAUUAAAUAUUAAUGCUAAGUUCCACUGUAUUUGUUCGCAAGAUACAGUCCUAUUUGAUUCCAACCUUGAAAGGUAACAGGAUGAAAAAUAAUUUAUAUUUAUCGUGGAAA